AUGUCUACUAGAUCUGAAAGAGCUUGUAUGCUUUGUGGAAUAAUCCAGCCAAUGAAAACAUUUAUUGAUGAAGGAUGUCCAAACUGUGAAAGUAUUUUACAUUAUCAAUAUAAUGACAAUCGUCAAGUUCAAGAUUGUACUUCCCCAUCAUUUGAGGGAUUAGUUGCAUUAGGUCAAGAUAAUAAAGGAUCUUGGGUGGCGAGAUGGUUAAGAAUCGAAUCUUUUCAACCUGGUUUAUAUGCUGUUAAAGUUAAUGGAAAAUUACCUCCGGCGAUUGUACAAGAAUUAGAAGAUUCUAAUGUUAUUUAUAGACCAAGAGAUGGAAGUGCUGAAGAUUAA